GAUUUGGGGGGUGAAAUACCUUGUAGCUGGUUCACGCGUAUUUGCCAGCAUAGCAGGCAGGCGAGAGGCUGUAAGAGGGAGUUGGCACAAGAGUAGGAAAAGAGAGGGAGAGAGUUCAGAGUGGGUCUCUCGGGGAGAAGCACAUAGUCAAUAUCCAGGUCUCCAGCAAUCAUUUAGGACCCUCCUCUAUAAAGCUGCAGUGCUAUUGCAAGGACCCACGGAGAAAAAGGCAAAAAAUAUCAACGUCAAUUCCGAUUUAUUUAUCAGUCGCCUCAAGGACACACAGUAGAUCUCCAGCAUAAAACAGCCGCUGGUGACACUGACAGCAGCUUGCUAGGAGCCCAAGUCUUUCUUUAGAUGCUGAGAAGCGUCAAGACAAAGUGACCAGAGAUCAACCAACUGAACAGAAAAUGACAGCUGCAGCAGCUCAAGAACUUGAUGAGCUGUGCUUCCUGUCGGCGCAGUCCAUGAGCAGUCUGAAAGUACCCGAACACUUCCAGGUGGUUAAGCUCCUUGGAGAGGGAUCGUAUGGAAAGGUGAUCUUGGCGGUACACAAAAAGAGAGGAACUCCUAUGGCCCUGAAGUUCUUCCCUCGUCAGUCUACCUCCCUCUAUUCUUUCCUGCGUGAAUACAAUCUCUCCCUUUCUUACUGCACCCAUCCCUCUCUGACUCGGGCUCUUGGCAUCUUCUUUUCCACACCGACCUACUAUGUGUUUGCCCAGCAAGCUGGACUGUACGGUGACCUCUACAGUGUAAUAGUGUCAGAGGUCGGGGUGGAUGAAGAGUGUGUCCAGAGGGUGAUGUCCCAGCUGAGCGGUGCUGUCACACACCUCCACUCCCUGGGCUUCGUCCACCGUGACAUCAAGCCUGAGAAUAUCUUUCUGUGCGACAGUUCCUGUCGCUGGGUCAAACUGGGUGACUUUGGCCUGGCCCGGGCCAUCGGGACCUCUGUGCGAGCUGUCUGGUACGAGUCGCCCUUCUGUACCCCUGAGGUGGAGCCAGCUAAGGAGGCUGAGAAGGAGAUGGAGAGGCGGCAGCGUGACGGGACUGAAGAGGAGAUGGAGGACAUUUGGGUAACAGUGGAGCCCUGUAUAGACAGCUGGGCCCUCGGUGUACUCGUCUACUGCCUACUAACCGGCUGCUUCCCCUGGGAGGAGAGCACCAGUGAUGACCGUGGCUACCGUAGGUACAAAGAGUGGUUCAUCUGUGAGGCGGAAAAGGAGGAGAAGGUCAGAGAUGUUGAGUGGAGGGCUGAGGGGGACAAUGACAGUUACACAAUCAUGGAGGAAAACCACAGAGUCAACCCUCCUCCUUCACAGUUUCAGGGCCUCAGCCCACUUGUGAUGACUCUCUUCAAGGAGCUGCUCCACCCUGAGCCCCGACAGCGUGGAAGCCCGGAGGAGAUCCUGAGCUACCUGGGAGGGCCGUGGCUGAUGGAGACAGAGAGAGAGGAGAGGAGGAAAGCAGAGGAGGCAGAGAAGGAGGCCAGGAAAAUAAGAGAGGUAGGAGGCGUGGAGGAAGAACUAGUGAGGGACGGAAGAGCGGAGAGAUAAGCUCUGUCUUUAUAAAGACAGUUUUUUUUAAUGAAUGUAUAAUUUCUGACUAUGAGAAAAACACUGCUGCAAUUAAUUUAAGUGUGUAAAUAUAUAUAUAUUACUUGCCUUGUAAGGUACUGUAUUUUUCAUAUUUUUUUUAUAAAUAGCCGUACCAAAGUUACCACUUCCAUGGUUGCAUAUAUUCAAAUGUGCAUGUGUGAUUGUUUUCAUGUGUGUCUUAGACAAAAGAUCAUGAGAGAAACAAGUGUUUGUUGUCUAAAACCUUGAGAUGUUUUAUAGUCUAUAAAAUCUGUAUUGGAAUUGUUGUCUAAAUAAAGUAAAACAUACAUUAACUUGUUGUGACUUUUACACAUUUACGUAUUAAAUAAGUAGAACACUGGAAAUUUGUCUUGACAACACGCUUCCUAUAGUAAGUACAACACUGUACUAAGACACUGUACUGCUCCUCCCCUACUACAUAACCAAUCUUUAACGUAUUAAGGGUUUAGAAGGUAUUUGCAGAGGGUUCAAUUAAGAAUGUAAUAUACAACUGUAAUAAUUAAAUAAACAUGACACGUAGUUCAGUAAA